AUGGAUUUUCUCUCAAAUCCAAUACUCAUGUCAGUUAUUACAUCAAUAUGUCUUGUUCUUCUUUUCCAUUAUUUCCACCAAAAAGCAAAACCACAUGGGAAGAAGUAUCAUCCAAUUGGUGCAACAGUCUUUCAUCUUUUCAUCAACUUCAACAAGAUGCAUCAUUACAUGACUGAUCUCGCCGAAAAAUACAAAUCUUACAGAAUACUUAGCCCCAUUCAGGAUGAGGUUUAUACCGCUGAUCCCGCGAAUGUGGAGUAUAUCCUCAAGGCCAAUUUCAAAAAUUAUGGCAAGGGAAAGCAUACCCACAGCAUUGCGUCAGACCUACUUGGAGACGGAAUAUUCACAGUGGACGGGGACCAAUGGCGAGAACAAAGGAAGGUAUCGAGCCAAGAGUUCUCUACAAAAAUCCUAAGAGAUUUUAGCAGCGUAAUCUUCAGAAACAACACGAUAAAACUCGGGAAGAUACUAUCACAAGCAGCAGAUAGAAACCAAAUAAUUGAUAUAAACGACUUGUUCAUGAAAGCAACGACGGAUUCAAUAUUUAAAGUCGGGUUUGGAAUCGAUCUUGACAACUUAAGCGGUCGAAAUGAAGAAGGUGCUAGAUUUAGCCGCGCAUUCGAUGAUGCUAACAACUUAACAUAUAAAAGAUUUGUUGACGUAACAUGGAAGAUCAAGAGGUUUUUCAAUAUCGGAUUUGAAGCAGAGUUAAAGAAAAAUAUGAAAAUUGUUGAUGAGUUUGUUUAUAAGGUCAUCCAGGUCAAGAUUGAACAAAUGCAGAAGUCGAAGGAUGAAUUUCUGCUCAAAAAAGAAGACAUUCUAUCAAGGUUUAUUCAGGUAAAUGACAGAGAUCCAAAGUACUUGCGCGAUAUAAUACUAAACUUUAUGCUUGCUGGGAAAGAUCCUAUAGCGAUUAGCAUGUGUUGGUUCAUUUACAUGCUUUGCAAACAUCCUGAAGUUCAAGAAAAGGUUGCAAAAGAAAUCAUAGAAGCAACAAACAUGACCGAAGAGAUCACAGAUGUUGCAGAUUUCGCUGCUCGAGUGAGUGACACUGCACUUGACAAGAUGCAAUAUCUUCAUGCGGCUUUGACCGAAACUAUCAGACUCUAUCCUGCGUUGCCCGUGGAUCCAAAGGUAUGCUUUUCAGAUGAUGUCCUACCAGAUGGUUGUAAUGUGAAUAAAGGGGAUGUGGUAGCUUAUCUGCCAUAUGCUAUGGGAAGGAUGAAGUUUAUAUGGGGUGACGAUGCACUUGAAUUCAAACCAGAAAGAUGGCUUGAUCAAUAUGGUUGCUUCCAUCAAGAGAGCCCUUUCAAAUUUACAGCUUUUCAGGCCGGGCCACGAACUUGUUUGGGUCGAGACUUUGCAUAUCGGCAACUGAAGAUAUUUUCUUCUGUUUUGUUGGGUUGGUUCGUCUUCAAGUUGAGUAAUGAAAACAAAGUCCCACAAUACAGAACCUCAAUUAAUCUUCACGUUGAUGGUCCAUUGCAAGUUUAUGUUUUUCAUAGAUCUGGUUUUCAGAAUCCUUCAACUUACAACUGUGAAACCAGAUCUGUGUGGGUCAACCCGAACCAGAAGAAAAUUUGA